AUGACAGGCCAUAUCAAGUUCGCUGAUCCAGUCGGGGAGAAGAAAGAGGUGCGACUCUGCCGACGUGACACGAGAGACACGAGAGACAGCUCGACGAUCGAAAAGGGCUCGAUUCAUCGACCACAGUCGCCUGGAAAUGAUGUUGUCUAUCUGGAGGGAUGGCAGCUCGUCCUCACAGCCAUAGGGCUCCUGAUCGGCUUCUUUCUAUCGAAUUUGGACGUGACCAUUGUCAGCUCCUCCUUGACAAACAUCACAGACAGCUUGGAGGGGUUUGAGAAGCGAAGCUGGAUCAUCACGGGAUACCUCGCAACUUACACUGGUUUCAUGGCGAUAUGGACCAAAGCAAGCGAUAUCGUCGGACGCAAGCAUACUACCAUCGCCGCUCUGGUGAUCCUUCUCGUUUUUUCAAUCGCGUGUGGGUGUGCUCAGACUGUGGACCAACUGAUUGUCUUUCGAGCAUUGCAAGGCAUUGGCGGAGCCGGUGCUUACGCGCUCGCUAUCCUUUGCAUCUACGAGAUUGCCCCCCGCAAGAAAUUACCUUUCUACAGCGCUCUCAUGUCUUGUUGCUUGGCUCUGGCUUGCUUGAUCGGUCCAAUCAUCGGAGGAGUUCUUGCGGAAGAUUCGGCUUGGAGAUGGGUGUUUUUCAUCAAUGCACCGCUCUGCGCCAUUGCUAUCAUCAUAGUGCUUGUGGCGAUGCCCAAAAACUUCGGACUCGAUCAACACAAGCCCUCAUUCAGAACGAGAGCGUCCUACCGAUCAUUUGUACAUCUGGACCUGGUGGGAUCCCUGCUGAUCAUCACCGGCUCGUUUCUGAUCGUGACCGUUUUCAAUGAGACCAAUCUCGCUUUCUCUUGGUCUUCAGGGGGCUCGAUCGCACUUCUUGUCUUGACAGGGAUCUCAUGGAUCGCUUUCUUCGCGUGGGAGAUCUACAUCUCCGAUAUUCCUGGGAAAGACCCGAUCUUCCCUAGGCGGUGGUUCCAAGACCGAGCGUGGAUGGGCAUCCUCUUCACCUCUUUCGUAACGGGGGCCCCUUUCAACGUGGUCCUGGUGUACGUUCCACAACAAGCUCAGAUCCUACUGAACAAGUCACCCCUCGACUCGGGUGUCUAUCUCAUCGGCUACUCUGCGGUGGCGGCGGCGGCGGCGGCGCUCAUCAAUUUUAUCAGUGCCAAGGGCCGCAUACCGUUUAUUUACUCGCUCCUAGUGGGGUGUAUCGUCCACACGGUCGGCAUUGGCCUGCUAUCGACCAUUGCCUCGACGGAGGGCUUUCACGCCACGGACAUUGUUUACGGUGUGAUCGCUGGCAUAGGGAUCGGGAUCAUCAUAGGCGUGCUGAUGCUUUGUACACCGUACAUUGUCGAGGACAGAGAUCUUGGGCGUCUUUUCCCCCACGAGCUGCACAUUCUCCUCGAGAACGUGGGACUCAUCAAUGGUCUGGGGACGGCGCUACAACGGGAGGUCAAGGAUGUGAUUGCAGCCAGUUACACGACGCAGCUUCGGGUCAUGAUUGGCUUUGCCGCCGUUCAACUGCCUGCGGUGUUAUUGCUGUUGCAGCGAGGAAAGCGGCCAUUCGCCGUGAAUAGAGAGUCGAAUGAUUAG